GAAACGCUUUCACCCGUAUUUCCCAGUGUCUACCGCAAGCGAAAGCUCCACAAGUGUCCGACGCUCAAGCACAACAACAAUCAACAACCGAACACACCAUCCCUCCACCCCCUCUCCCUUCCAGCCCAAUUCGCCCUGAAUCGAUGGCCAACGUGCCGGACGGUGUGCCCCGCGUCCUGCUGCUGCUCAGUGGCAAGCGCAAAUGUGGCAAGGAUUUUCUCGCCGACGCGCUCCUGCAACGGCUCGGCACGGACCGGGCCCAGAUCGUCCGGAUCUCGGAACCGAUCAAGCGGCACUGGGCGGAAGCGAUGGGCCUGGAUUUGGCCGCCCUGCUCGGCGACGGUGCGUACAAGGAGCGGUACCGGCGGCAGAUGAUCGAGUGGAGCGACGGGCGCCGGCAGGAGGACUACGGUGUGUUUUGCCGCGCCGCCUGCGCCACCAUCGACCGGCCGAUCUGCAUCGUGAGCGACGUGCGGCGCCAGACCGAUGUGCGCUACUUCCGCGAGGCGUACGGGCCCGAGACCCGCCUGCGCACGGUGCGGAUUGAGGCGAGCGAGCAGGUCCGGCACGGGCGCGGCUGGCAGUUUCAGGCGGGCGUCGACGACGUCCAAUCGGAGUGCGAUCUCGACGGGUACGCCGGGUGGGAUUUGGUGCUGACGAACGAGCGCCCGGACGGGGUGGGCGAGCUGCUCGACCGGCUGGUGCAGCUGAUCGAAUGCUGAGAACUGAGAGCACAAAUACGGGGGCGGGGGGGUGUGGUUUAAACAUAAGAAA